AUGAGACGCCUUAGUGGUGGAUCAACAUGUUCUUCUGAUUGCUCUCAGCCAAGUCCAAGCUCAGUAAGUUCUUUGCCCGAUUCACCUCAUCCAGCUAUGCGAACCACAAGGGAUAUCCAGAUCUUUGAGCGACUGCGUCGUUUUGUACCUUCAAUCAGCUCGGAAAGAAAUGCUUUUAUGAUACUUGUGGAUUAUGUCUCACAAGUGAUGGAAUUGGAGCAGAGGCUUGACGAACCAGAC